UAAUAUCAGAAGUUAUGUGACCCAUCAGAAUUCAGAAGUGGCUACUUAAGAGACGUAGAGAGAUGAACAAAGUAGAGAAAAGGAAAGAUGUAUGUGGCAAGGCCUCUUUCGAUGUACAGAAUGCAACCCAGCGCUCUGUCAGUACCUACGCCGGAGGCUCCUUAUUCAGGCUAUCUCGUAAUCACAGAUGAAGAAUCAGAAGCUCAAGAUAGGUGUUGUUGGGGUAUGUACAAGAACAAGCAGGUUAGAGAGCUCCCAUUUCCUCAGAACAAGAUACUGACCAUUGUUCAUCAUUCAUCGGGAAGUGAAGACCAUGGGUCGUCGUCAGUUGAUCGUCAUAAGCUCUGGUUCGUUCCGGUUCUUGACCAGCCCUUGUCUUCCAACCGUUACUAUGUUAUUAGAGCAAAAGGCAAGCACAAAGGGCAAGCAUGUAGAUGCUCAAGAGAAGCAUAUGUCAACACCUGUUGUUUCUGCAACUUCGAGAAGGAUGUGAAACCAAGAAUUUUGAAUUACAGAGACAUCUAUCAGCAAGUAGAAAUCCAUAGGCGUCGUGGACCUGAUGGUGGUUUCGUCGCAAAGUCUGCAUCUCCAGACGGUUAUCCGCCAUUUUUCCUGAAGAGAAAAGGGUGGGAGGCUUAUGCCUCUAGCAUCCAUCAUUGCCAAUUAAGCGAAGCUCUAGGCCUCAACAUCUCCCUCCGCAUGCGCCUCCCAGAAUUUGAUUUCCCAAUGUCUAGUAAGCGCUCAGGGACUGUUGUAGUGGGAAAAUGGUACUGCCCUUUUGUGUUCAUAAGGGAAAAACUGAAACUGAAAGCUCAGAUGAAAAAAUCCAUGUUUUAUCAGAUGACCCUUGAGCAGUUUUGGGAAGAGAUUUAUACAUGUGACAAUGAUAAGAAUGAAGUCAAUGUUGUGAAGGUAAAUGUGAGUGUACAAAAGGAAGUUGCUAUAAUAUUUGGCAUGGAAGCCAUGAAGGAUGAUACAUGUGGAGUAGAUGAGGUUAUGUGGUUCAGACUUCUUGACCAUAACAAAAGAGGACUGAGUGUAGGGUUGAGUUCAGCAAUUGUUGGCAAAAUGAGAUGGCUGCAAGAAACAGUAGGAUGGGUUGAUGGGGUGGAAACAGAUGUAAGAGUGGAGAAGGUAGAAGAGUUUAGAGGAGACGGUGUGUGGAACAAGCUUGGCUGUUACAUGUUGGUGGAAAGAUUUGCUUUAAGGAGGAUGGAUGGAAGUUUGUUGCUAACGUAUGAUUUUAGGCAUACACAUCAUAUCCAAAGCAGAUGGGAAUGAGCUAUGUGCAAUUCUAAAAAGAUGCAACAUUAAAUGCAUAUCACUGUAUUGAUGAUGCAUAAGGUUAACUGGAAAUUGUUUGAGUUAUAUAGGUAUUAUCAGCUUGGCAGGAUAUAAGUGCAUCUCCUUUGGAACCUUUAACUAUUGCAGCCAAGUAUCAGACCUUCCAUUCCAUGUCGACUGCUGACAAUCCUCCAUCCCAUGUAUAAAUCUGAAAAUCUGUAAAUUUGAAAAUUAUAUCUGCCCUCUUCAAACCUCCCGUUCAUGUGUAUUAUGGUAUUAAAGAGGCAUUGGGACUUUGUAUUGUCUAAUAGUGUGUCAGUGUGAAGUGCAGUGUAUAGUAUCUCAGACCCUCCAAUGAUCCGAGUGCUGAUUAAACACAACUAUAAAUGCAUAUGUUAGUAUUUUAUUUUUAC